AGCGCGAAUCUGAGGUAGAGAAUUCUCGACCCCCAUCGAACCAUUUGCUGCAAUCCUGCACUCGCAUCGUUCUCCUCGCCCAUGUCCUCGGCCGGCUAACUGCUCAUGGGCCUCUCGACCCUGCCUCCUAUUCCGGAUUUCGACAGCGCGAGCGACACGCGCCCUCGACAGACUCUGUUCCUACAACUUGGCGUCCACGCCUGGCACACGUUACCCUUCGUGUGAACAAUCGGGCUACGACACGUCCAUACGCCAUAGCCAUAAGCGCGCUCUGCAGGGCACUCGACCUUCGUUGCGAUAGCAGGAACACAGGCGACAAACAGGGCGGCGGCCUUGUUCCCGUUCCCUUAUGAGGUCACUAUUCGGGCAGACAAGGGACAUUGAUUGCGACCAACGGCAGCCAUGCCUGAAAUACCACGAGCCGACGUCGCCUCCCUGGUGAAGGUCGUGCAGAGCACCACCUUGCUUAAUAGGCAGCUUUCGACGAUCUGCCAGCUCAAUGGCCUGACCUCUAGCGGCGUCAAGGCCAGCCUGCAACAACGCAUUGUCAACUACAUACAAGAGAUCGUCAAUAGGAAGGACCUGACACGAUUUCGCCAGAUCGAGCAAAGCAUCCGAAAUACCAAAGCUGGACAUCCCCACACGACCCCUUCCACCACUACCCCGAAGCCUGCAGCCAUGCUAGAUUACACGAACAAUGCCCCUGCACAACCCGCUCGAUCAUAUUUCAGUGGGAGCAACCUCAACGGCGGCGGUGCGCAUAGCAGCCUCGGGCACGCUGUAGGCUAUCACGGUGGUUCUCAGAUGAGUACGGUUUUCUGGACCCUUCAUCGACGAACAGCUGUAUUGAUUUGCCCAGGUCUCCAGUUUAAACCCAGUCCCUUCUACGAGAUCAGAAGAUCAGUAGGCCCGAUCCGCACCUGCGAAGCCAUGAGCCAGCACAGGAACCUGGUUACCAUCAAGAUUAGGGCCAGUGAACACGCUGCACUUCAGCAGUGUAUCACCGACAAGUCUUUCCGCGUCAUGGUUUUCUGCGCCGGCGAUAAAAAUGGCAUUCAGGACAUUGCUUUUCCACAUCAGUCUGAGGUCAAAGUAAAUGGUGGCGAGAUCAAGGCGAACCUCCGGGGGCUGAAGAACAAGCCUGGCUCGACACGCCCCGUCGACAUUACAGACGCUUUGCGAUUGAAACCUAGCAACUACGAGAACAACGUUGAACUGAUCUACGCGCUCACGACAAAGCCGUUCUACGUAGCCGUCUACCUAUGUAAGACAACGUCGGUGCAAGACCUCGCUGCCAGGAUCGAACAUGGCAAAAAGAUACCCAAAGCAUCUGUCAUCUCAGAGAUCCGCAAAGAAGCAGCCGACACGGACAUUGUUACGACGUCGCAAGUCCUGUCGUUGAAAUGCCCAUUGAGCUACAUGCGGUUGGCUAUCCCUUGCCGUUCCUACGUUUGCAAGCAUAUUCAGUGCUUUGAUGCCACAUCCUAUCUUCAGUUGCAAGAACAGGGACCUCAAUGGCUGUGUCCCAUCUGCAACAAAAGCGCGACUUAUGAUAGUCUUGCGAUUGACGAAUAUGUCAAGGACAUUUUGGCCAAUACGUCGAAAGAUCUGGAGCAAGUGACAAUAGAGCCCGAUGCGCAGUGGCAUGCCCAAUCAUCCGUCGAUGACCAUAACCCGUAUAGAGGUAGUCAAUCGGCAGCUCUCGACGACGACGACGACCUGGAAAUCUCCGAGAUCAGCAUUGUGGGAGGUCGCAAAUAUGAAACGCCCUCCCGUUCGCUACAGGGGACCGCAACCCCGACAACACGGGAUAGUUCGUCGAUGCCCCGCGGCCUGGGGUCCGUCAGUGGCAAGAGGCCGGCCCCGCAGGAAUUUGUAGACUUGACUCUGGAUUCCGACGAUGAUGAUGCGCCUCCUCCUCGGAAGAAGCAACACUUGUCUGUCCCGGAGCUUGGAGACUAUUGA